CUUUGUGCACAGAUUAUAUGGAAAAAUGUUUUCUGUCAUUCAACAGAUGAAUACUAUGCAAAAUUUGAAUAUUGUGAAUUAAGGGAAAAUAAAACCGACAACAUGAAAGCACUUUUUCUCUAUUUAAGACUGCUUAAGGUCCCCAUAACUAAUUUAAAAUUUCAACUAACAUUUAGUUUGAAAACUAUGAAAACUCCAAUAAAAUUCAAUACAACUUGGGAUGUCUGUGAAUUUAUGGCGAAUGGAAAACGGGCUAAAUCUUUAAAGAAGUUUUAUCAUAUGAUUAGUGACUUCACAAAUGUAAAUCAUACAUGUCCUUAUGAGCAUGAUAUGUUUGUUAAAGAUUUGGGAUCAGUGGAGUCUAUAGUAAAUAUCCCCUUGAUCAAAGGUUUAGUUAAUUUCAGAACAGCAUUGAUUUCAGACGAAAAAGUACGUAUCAUUGUUGAAGGUGUAGCGAUCUAUCAAGGUAGGGAUGAAAAUGGAAAACAAGUAGAGAAAGAGAAAAGAAAAACAAAUAAUUAA